AUGCAUACGAAAAUAGUUAGAGUAGAAGGAAAUCUGUCUAAAAUCUCAGAGGAGUUUAUUAAUGGGCCGGUUGCAUUUCCAACAGAAACGGUAUAUGGCCUUGGUGCGUCUGUUUGGAGAGAAGAUUUAAUUAAAAAAGUAUUUGAAAUAAAAAACAGACCACAGGAUAACCCGUUAAUUGUGCAUGUGUCUUCUUUGGAUAUGCUAAGGAAGUGCAUAGUAGGGGACAUUCCAGAGGUGUAUAACGAGUUGAUUAAUGAGUUUUGGCCGGGUCCCUUGACUCUUCUCUUUAAGAAGGCUGCCAAUCUUCCAUACUCUGUUACAGCUGGGAGUGAGUAUGUUGCAGUUCGUAUGCCAGACCAUAAGGACAUACUUCGAGUAAUUGAUUAUUUAGGCGAGCCAAUUGUAGGCCCAUCCGCAAAUAAAAGCGGCAGGCCAAGCCCAACCACUGCGCAGCAUGUGUUUGAUGACUUAAAUGGGGAUGUAUCAUUGAUUAUUGAUGGAGGUAUGUGCGAGAAAGGGAUUGAGUCUACUAUAGUUAAUGGAAUACUGGACACGCCUUUAUUGCUGCGAGCAGGUGCUAUUUCAUACGAAGAAGUAAAGGAAUAUAUACCGAAGCUGGAGAUCCACGGUGGCUCGGGCACAGUGGAUGGCACAAUAGCCCCAGGCACUCGAUACAAGCACUACUCACCUACAGCAACUGUAAUUAUGAUUACAGGCACAAAAGAAGCCAUUCGCCAAAAACUAUUUACUGUAGCAAGUCUAUCUAAAGCACUCGAUAAAGAUAUAGUAUGUGCUGAAUCUAAAAUAGCGUUUGGGUUCCUUUUGCCAGACGAAUACCAGAAUAUUAUUCAAUCACCAGACAUGGUAUAUCUUCUCGGAAAUAAUACAAAAGAAGCAGCACACAGAAUAUUUGAUGGCCUUAGAUACUUAGAUAGACACGUAUCUGUAAUAUACACAGUGGAAAUAGAAAAAACCAAGGAGGGGCGUGGUGUAAUGGACAGGCUUACCAAGGCAACUACUCAUUUUAUAUAG